GUGGGAAAUACUUCGCACCAAAACCCAUUGGAUUGCUUAAAAUCCAUCUACCAAAAAAAUGGCCUUAAGGGCGUAUAUCGUGGACUAAACAUCACCAUUUUAAGAGAAAUCCCGGCUUUUGGAUCAUAUUUCAUGGCCUAUGAGCUGCUUACCAGAAGAAACGAUGAUUUGCCUGUAUCCACUUGCACCAUGCUGUGGGCUGGUGGACUAGCAGGUGUAAUAUCAUGGAUCCUGAUUUAUCCAAUCGAUGUGAUAAAAUCGCGGUUCCAAUUAGAGCCAAGCCUUUACAAGAGCUCCUACGACUGCCUGACAAAGAGCGUUAACUCCGAAGGAGUUUCUUGCCUGUUUCGAGGACUUUUGCCCACCGUCAUCAGGGCUUUUCCGGUGAAUGCAGUUACAUUCACAGUGGUCACAUGGACAAUGAAGCUACUGGACGACAUUCGAUUUCCUCAGAGUCUGAAGCGUCCGGAAAAUCCAUUGGGAAAGUAUGCGGAUGCGGUGAUGAUCGGCUCGGCCGAGCAUCUUCUAAUGACAGUGUUGUAAAACAUAUUUAUGGAUUAUUUAUUUUUGUCUUAGUACUAGUCAAUAUGUGCCAGCUUAAUAAAGGAUCUGCCAGCUUAAAA